CCCAGGCGGGGCAAAGCUCCGUCAGGGCGCCAGGGGUUGGCUUCCGCACCUCAAUCCCUCGCCGCUCCUUUUGGGGCUGUCUGAGAAGUUUUAAACUUCCUGGGUUGACUCGCCCUGUAAGCUGGAGUGGGUGGCCGAGAGGCGAGGCUGUUUCCACUGCCUGGGCGCGGCCGGCCCUUUAAACUUUCUGUUUUUAAACUUCGGGGGUGUGGUUGAGGCGUCUCCUCUCUCCGCGGCUGGUUGUUCCCUGGCCAUCCGGUCGUCCCGCCUUCCAGAUGCUUUGGAGUCAGUCAUGAGCCGGGAGGGCACUGGGACCCGUCUGGUGGCCGAGGUGAUCAAAGAUCGCCUUUGUUUUGCCAUUCUCUACAGCAGACCAAAGAGUUCAUCAGGUGUACAUUAUUUCAGCAUAGAUAAUGAACUUGAAUAUGAAAACUUCUACGCAGAUUUUGGACCACUCAAUCUGGCAAUGGUUUACAGAUAUUGUUGCAAGAUAACUAAGAAAUUAAAGUCCCUUACAAUGAUAAGGAAGAAAAUCGUUCAUUUCACUGGCUCCGAUCAAAGGAAACAGGCCAACGCGGCUUUCCUCGUCGGCUGCUACAUGGUUAUAUAUCUGGGGAGAACUCCAGAAGAAGCGUAUAGAAUAUUAAUGUUUGGAGAUACAUCCUAUAUUCCUUUCAGAGAUGCUGCCUAUGGGAGCUGCAGUUUCUUCAUUACACUUCUCGACUGUUUUCAUGCAGUGAAGAAGGCAAUGCAGUAUGGCUUCUUUAAUUUCAACUCAUUCAACCUUGAUGAAUAUGAAUACUAUGAAAAAGCAGAAAAUGGAGAUUUAAAUUGGAUAAUACCAGGCCGAUUUAUUGCCUUCUGUGGACCUCAUUCAAGAACGAGACUUGAAAGUGGUUAUCACCAACAUUCUCCAGAGGCUUACAUUCCCUAUUUCAAGAAUCACAACGUUACUACCAUUAUUCGUCUGAAUAAAAGGAUGUAUAAUGCCAAACACUUUACAAAUGCUGGUUUUGAUCACUAUGAUCUAUUCUUUGCGGAUGGCAGCACCCCUACUGAUACGAUUGUCAAAGAAUUUCUGGAUGUUUGUGAAAGUGCCGAGGGUGCCAUUGCAGUACAUUGUAAAGCCGGCCUUGGGCGGACGGGCACUCUGAUAGCCUGCUACAUCAUGAAGCAUUACAGGAUGACCGCGGCCGAGACCAUCGCCUGGAUCAGGAUCUGUAGGCCUGGCUCAGUGAUCGGGCCUCAGCAACAAUUUUUGGUGAUGAAACAGUCAAGCCUCUGGUUGGAAGGUGACUAUUUUCGCCAAAAGUUAAGGGGUCAGGAGAAUGGAAAACACAAAGCAGCUGUCUCAAAACUCCUCUUGGCUGUUGAUGACAUUUCAAUCAAUGGUGUCGAGAAUCAAGACAAGCAAGAGCCCGAACUGUACAGUGAUGAUGACGAAGUCAAUGGAGUGACACAAGGUGAUAGACUUCGGGCCCUGAAAAGCAGAAGACAAUCCAAAGCAAACGCUGUUCCCCUCACAUGUUCCCUAGCUGUGCUGACCUCUGCACUGUGUAGUGUGUUCAUCUGGUGGAUUGUUUGUGACUACAUUCUUCCCAUCGUGCUAUUCUGUCUCGAUGGUUUAAGAACACAGUAGCCGUCAAGACUCUUUGGCCAAUAGCUGCUGUUCCCUCCAUUUCAAGGACUAAAACAGUCUUGCGUUAAGUAAAAACCUGUGACCAGAACUGAAGGAAGACUCUAGGAACAGAAAACCACAACAGGACUUAGCACAAUUUAUUUUGGAAACAAAACAAAAUUGAAAAAGCCUUAGCUGCUUUCCACCUAAGAAGUUUAUUCAAUGAAGAAAAUGUCCACUGGAGUAUAAAUAACUACAUGAGGUUUGGGUACAAGGGAUGACCUCAAGGCAGCCCAACUCUCCUUUUGUAGGAACGUCUCAAGUUGAACAACGAAAAAGCUGUUGUAAAUUUCGUCUCAGGUGUAAAUAUCAAAGCCCUCUGUUAUCAGGAGGGCUGACUACUCUGUGGGUGCAUGUGUGUCCCUGUGAUGGCAAUCAUUUUUGCUGCUGGCCUUCAGAGGAAUUAAGCAUCUGAUGGAGGUUUUUUACCUAUUUAUUUUCUGUUCACCCUGUGUCAAAAUUUAUAAAUAUAAAACAGGCAUUACUUAAAUGGUACUUUCUGUAAUUUGAUACUAUUUGGUGUAAUCACCUUCACUUUAAUACUUGUGAUAUUGUUGUAAUGUUAACUGUGUUAAGUACCCAAGCUGCUUGUCUUCCACCAAAGAGUGCUUUAUUAACGAGACUCUGAAAACCACAGACGGAGACUGCUGCAUGUUGUGACGGAAGUGGCAGUAGGCACGACGGUGCCCUAAACUCGCGAGAGAGUGUCAGUAGUAGCUUUAGAAGACUCCAGAGGAGAAGCUAGCCUCAGAGUUGGGAGAUUGUUGGAGUCAUUCCUUUUUAUGUCAUUUAGAGGCUAAAUUAUUUGCUUGCCUAUUCAUACAGAUUAAAAUUGUACUUCCUUCUUAGCAUGGAAAAAACCCACCCUUUUGGUGUUUCUCCUUGGAAACAGUAAUCCAAAACAAUGGUAGCUUUUAAAAAAAAAACAAACUGCUUUGCUAGGGUCUUUCUCUCUACCAUUGUGGAUUUUUUGGUAACGUGAUCAGCCCAGGGCCAUUCAUACACCCUUUGAUUUCAGUGACAGUGACUCACAUGUGGGUUUCGGUGGUUCGUACAUAAGACACUCACUGUUGCCUUUGGUUAGGGAAUCAACUCUUUGUGGAGUGCCUUCUCCCCCUACAGAAACACAGCAGAGUCUGUGAUGUAAAGCAAUCACAAACACAGAGUUUAUUUGCUGCUUAAAAAAAAAUGGGGUCCAUUAUAAAAGAGUAUUUUUAAGUGAAUGAAUGGUCGUAGCUCUUGUUAACCACUGUUGGCCUGUCCUAGUUUGGAGGAUCGGGGGAUAUGUUAUUGAAAGGUGAAAUGCCUUCACAUUACGAGAUGAAUGAAUCAGGUCAGUAGGUAAUGUCGUGUUUUUAAACCUGUCCUUUAAACAGAACUAUGAGGAAGAAGAAGUGGUUGGCAUAAACAGAUUAAAGUUUGUCAGUGCAAAAAUAAUGGGAAGGCCCUGACUCCACUUCAGUAUUUACACUCUGGAAUAAUCUUGAGGUUGCCUCCCUUUGAAGGGAUGGUGGACACUGCCGUUGUUUUGGCCACACAAGCAGCACUUCCCCAUUAGGCCACGUGGGGGUUGGGUCAUGCAGGCUUUUACACCUUGGGGCCUGGAUCUCAGAAAAACAGUGGUUUUUCUAUCCCUGGAAAUUCAUAGACAUAAAGACCAACUUGCCUGAUGGGAAGACCGCUUUCCAAUGAGCUUUGGGUGGGAGGAGAAACAUUCCAUUUGCUGGAUUGUUCUGGGAGAGAGAGAAUGCUGGAUAUUCAAACUGCCCAGGCAUAAACAUUGAAUUCUCAGGGCAAAUUUUCUUCCCUUUACAGUUUUAAAGGCCAUCUCCUGCAUAAAUAUAAUUCAGGUAGUUGUGAGAAUCAAAUUUCCAUCUGAACUGUGCUUGGUUUGGCUUUUUAUUAUGUCAGAACAAGUAAAUGUGCUAUCCCUUCCCAGCAAAUAAGCCAUUUGGUGUCUUGACCAAGAAUGAAAAAUUUGGACUUUAGUGUUAACCACAGUACUUACUAUUUUACUAAUGGCCUUUUUGUGUUGGCUGCUCACAUUUCCAGCUAGAAUUGCUAUCACUGUGGCUCUCUCUAAAAAUCCUUAUGUUUAACAGGCUCUUUGCUGAAGUUAGUCAUAGGAAACUAGUGAUUUCAUAGUCAUUUCUUGGAACACAGAAGGACAUAGCAACAGUGUUAAACUUCGGAGGACAUACCUAGAAUCUAGGAAGUCUCUGGGUCAGACUGAUGGAAAGCUCUUGCUAUGAGUAAGAGUGGACUCUUCCCCCCCCCCCCCCGCAGCUGAACAAUCAACACACCCAGAAUCUCCUAAGAUUCUAAUUUCAAGCUGUUACGGGAAACCUUUUUGCAAUGGAAUGUGAAACAGCGUGUCAGGUGGAGAGAUUCCUUUACCUUAAGUGACUUAGAUAGCUUUAAAAGUACACCAUGGUCAUUUCCAUUGCAAUGAGAAUUGGAAAUACUUUUAGGUGCCCUUGAAGCUUUCUGAGCACUCAAAUCAUCAAAAGUCAGGGACAGCCCAAAGGAAGGGUGUCUGCAAGACUGGGUCCCGGGAAGUCUAGACAGACUUCUGUUUCGUGUUUGUUCAAAACCAGGGAUCUCUGUGACCUGCUGUGAGGAGGGCCACCCUGAGCAGUGCCUCGCUGAGACCGGGAGCCUGGCUGGUCAGGGUAGCUGCUUCCCAGCUGCAGGCUGCUCUUCCCGUUUCCAGAAGAGUUCUGUUCCCAACUCGAUCCCCUGCCUUCCUUCUCCCUUGACCUCUUCCCCCUCUUGGGGGUGAUUUCUACCUCUUCUCUUGGGCCCAGACAAGUUUUAGAGGCGCUCCCCAGUGUUCUCACUCGAGAAGGGGUUUCCUUUGGGAACCCAGUCCCUGGCGGGCGGGCUGUGCAGACCCUCAGGCGUCUGGGCCGUGUUGUGCCAAGAGCUCCGGGAGCCUUUCCUUUGCUUGAAUCCGUGUUCAUGACACAGGAGCAACGCGUUCCUUUGAUGUUUGUUCUAAAGUAGCUCUGCUGUGUCUCUGUGCAUUUUUAAUUACUGCGUUUUGGAAAGCAAUGCUCAUCAAAACACAACUUAGAAAGCCUAUUUUGAUUCUUUCAUAGUUAUCUCACUAAAUCUGCCUUGUGAGGUUAGCUGCUGCUCUUCUCUUUCUCCUAAAUCUGAGUGUCUCCAUGCCGCGAGGUGGGAGUGCUGCAGGUGUGCUGAAAAGACUGGCUAGCUCACCAGUACCAGUACUGGGUAGGAAGUUACCUCCUCAGUUGCCUAGUAGAAUUAAAUGUCAGCAGGUAUGUCAUCUAAUUAAUAGUACUGCAGUUUUAUAUUAAUAAUUUGCAUACUUUAUCUAACCUGCACUCAUGUACAGAUUAUUAAAAGUUUUAAAAUGUAACUGAUUAAUCAGUAUCUGGUCAAUCAUUGUCUUGAUUUUUUUAAUUAAAGUGUAUAUUUCUAAUCAUAUUUUAUAAAGCUGAGAGAACUGGUUGAAUGAAUGUUUAUUUUCCUGAAGGUAUUUUUAAAAUAAAGCUUCUUAAUGGCGUGUAAACUUUGCAUAUCUAUGUAGUUUGAUACAUGUUGUAUUUGAAAAAUCGUGUGUAUUGUAACUGGUUUUAUACAAAAUAUUGAAUCAUGGAAAUUGUGUAAUUAUAAAUCGUGUAAUUAAAAGUGUUAACCAAACAAUC